AUGGGUUCUUUUUUUACAAGUUUGUCUUCAUAAAAACCAAAAAAAGAAUAACAAUAAACAACUCUGCAUAAUAAAAAAGAAUAAAUAUAACCUACUGAUACCUUUAUAUCUAUGAGACCAACUCAAUCCAUAGGAGAGCAUUUUUUAUAAGAUAAGGAAUUCUCAUUCAAUGAAGAAUAAUUUAAAGAAUAAUCUUCAAAAAUGACAAAAGGAUAGAUAAAUGAAAAUUUAAAUUAAUCUUAGGAGGCUAUUAUGAUAUAAUAAUCUGGUAAGUUAGUAAGACAAGUUAAUGAUAGUAAGCAAUAAAAUUAUUGUUAUUAAUGUAAAUAAAUAAUAGAAGAAACUCUUAUUUAAAUAAUAUGUUAACAUGUAUUUCAUUAGAAUUGUUUUAUAUCAAUAAUUGAAAAAUAAUUAUAAUAAUAAGAAAAAUUCAUAAUUAAAUGUAAAUGUGGAACUAAAUUAAGCUCAAACAUAUUAAGAUAAAUUGUUGAUGUUAAAAUUAGAUCUAAAAUUCUGUAUUAAAUGUUUUCUGUUUAAAUUUCAAAUAUAUUAUAGAAUUCAGACAUCAGAAAAUAUUGUGAUUUAUAAGAUAUUUAAUAAAUGAUUGAGUAAAAUACAUAAAAAGAGGAUUAUGAUUUUCAUUAUGCUGAUAAAAAAGUAGAAUUGAAAAAAAAUAUUACUGAAUUCUUAAUAGAUCAAAGUGGUAUUUUACAUAUUAGUUAAUAAAAACUAUUUAUUAUUAGUGUCUGUUUAUAUUGUGGAGAUGAGAUAUCUUAAACCUUGUUGAAAUUUAAUUGUGGACAUAUCUAUCAUUAUGAAUGUUUUAUAAAUUGGAUAUAAUUUUAAAUUUAAGAUAAAAAGAGUAUAAUUAUUAAAUGCAGAUGUGGAACUAAAAUGAAUACAAAUAUAAUAAGAAGAAUUCAAGAUAGUAAAAUUAGACUCAGAUUGUUGAACUAUUUAUUUACAGAAUAAUUAUCUAUAAUACUACCUAAACUAAAUAAUAUUGGUGAAAUUGAUUAAAUAUAAGAACUAUUUAAGUAAAAUUAAUAUACAGAAGAUCAAGAUUACAAUAGUUCAUCUGGGUUUUUAUAUUUCAGUAAUUAUUCUACACCAGGAGGGGAUUGA